AUGGAAGAAAAUCAUGACCUUGCCCGGGGCUUCGUAAGGGAAAUCAGGGAGAAUCUCGCAGAAUUUCGGAAACAAUUGACUUUGGAAUUGAAUAGCGCAGGCCCUCCAGCUUGGAAUGACCAAAAGCGUUAUGUGCGGAAAAAGGCGUCACAAAACAAAGCAAUGGAAAGAGGAACAGGAAGAGGCCCAAAUAGAACACAAAAGUUUUCGCCAUCCGAAGAGACAAUAUACGAGCUUGUGGGUAUGAAGGAAGCAGUGGAGGGUGUGGGUACCUCACAAGCAUUUGGAUUGCCUACAACGGGCAGCAGCCCAAGUAAUGAGAGCAAUGACGAUUCUGUUCCCAGCUGCAGCAAUGUCGCAAUGUCUGAUGUUUUGGACAAUAGUCAAAGCAAUGCAACAUCACUACGCAUGUCAAAUGGCCGAACUUCAGUACCUGUGCGCAGAACUUCAAAAAUGAGCAUGCAAGAGGUCGCUAUGAAGGAACUAGAAAACCAAGAGGAGCUAUGUUCCAAAAUAGGGGAAGCUGUAUGGCUUAUGGUAGAAAAUGCGGAGCAAACGCAAAUAAAUUUAAAAAGAUUGCAUCGGUCCUUGGAGCGAUCAAAUCGGCAAAGGAAUAUGCAUCUGGCUGAAAUGAAGCGGCACAAUUUAGCGAAGGAAAAAUUAAAAAAGGAAGACCUUGCAAUAAAGCGCCGCAUGCUUCAAAUCAAAGAGGAAAAGCUAGUACUGCUUCGUCAUAAAAAGGCUCGGAACUAA